GUGCCCUUAAACCUACAAUGGUCUAAGUCUACAAUAUUCAUGAGUGGGUGUGGCUUGUGUAUGCACGUGACACUAUCUUCCUCAAAGCUGUUGAUGUCUAACGAACGCAUCGCUGUCUCGGCUGUCAUUGCGCGAUACGAUGUUUCCCUCACAAUCUGUACAUCAGGUAUAUAACAUGUAGUUUAUGUGUCUUUGGAUAUUGUGCUGGACUAUAUUUGCGAGCCUCGACUUCGGACAGAUCGAAAGUUCCGAGAAUUACAGAGUCAACCCAACUCGCCUCACUCCGAAACAUUCGGUGGUGUACAUUAGCCCUGAUCGAAACAUUGACAUGUCUUUGCUAUUACUCGCAGAUCCAACACAUUAAAAACCUCUUGUCAUCAUGCUCCAUACUUAUGCAAUAUACCUUUCUCUACUUGUUAUAUUCAAGAGCAAAGCAAUCUCUGCGUGUGGCAAAAGUUGGUCAACUACAAGAUGCAACUAUAUAUUUUUUAUUUCCGAAACCCUGAAAGGAUUCCAGGGAGUAGAUUCACAUGGUGUCCCAGAAAAAGAGUUAUCAUGCUUGUGAUAUAAAUAUGGCUCAGGCAAUUAGGACUUGCCAAAUCAUUCUAGACUUGAGUUGGCUCCCUUUCUCCAUUUAUUCUAAUGUGUCUGAGGGACAGAGGUUCAAUCUUCUUUCUGGAUAAAAAUAACCAUAUGAACAGAUUCUGAACAGAAAAUAAAGUAAAAAGUAUGAAAUUCAAUUCCAUGUAUUAAAGUGACACAACUUUAAUCUCCAAACAAAAAAUAUAUGAUAUGAUGCCCUAUUUGUAUAAAAUCUGUUUGGAAUUUAUUUUUCAAAUUCAAUAUACAUCUAUGAAAAAACAUUUGGCAAAUAAUAAAAUUAGAUAAAAUACUUGAUUAGUGAUGAUAUUUUCCAUUAUUCCAGAUAAUACAAGAUGAGCAUCUAAUUGGAUCUAAUUAGAUAUGAGUACAUGCAGUGUAAUGUUACUCAGAUGGAAGAUCUGUCCAAAAGUAUGAACAACAUGAAAUUAAAAAAACCCAGCAAAAAAUGGUGGCUUCCUUGGCGUAUCAACGGAAACCCUUGAAGCUAAAGAAGGUCUAAAGUCUACAAUGAUGGGGUGGCCCCUUAGUGGACCCACCAUGACCCAGUCAUGGGCUGUUGAAAAAAGGCCCCUCCUGAUCCCUUUGACCAUGCAAAACCCCAUCUAGGCUGAAAAAUUUCAUUCACUCUCUCUCCCAUUUCAGAAAAAAUGGGCAGCUUCCUCGGCGCGUCAAGGCGACAGCCAGUGUACACCUCAGAGGUUCUUCCAGCUUGCCAGAUGAGAUUCCUGAAUAUCUGUCAGAAUGUCAGAUGAUUUGAGGAAACAGACAGAGUCCAGUACAUCCCAACCAAUGGCAAGAGUAAAAUGUUCAAGACAAAGAAGUAUUGGUGUGAUUUCAAAGGAGAAUUACGACUGCCUUAGAUUAAAACUUGAAGGAGGUGACAUUCCCAAGGAUAGCAAGACUGUCAAGUUUUACCAUGUCUGCCAGAAAAUACGGAAGUUCAAUUUAUCUUUGACAGAAAUUCACAACCCUGUCCAAGGAGAAUAUAGAUUGGAGAUUAUUGAUGGGGACAGGAAAAUAGUGAUAUCAAAGUCAGAACUUGAUAAUGUCAUCUGCAAAUUUUACACUGAGUUGCGGGGUUCUGGAGCAAAGAAAAUAAGAACAUUGAUAAACCAGUAUCAUGCUGGCAUUUCUCAGGAAGCCAUACAAGACUUUAUAGACAGGCAAGAUGACAGGCAACUGUUACAUCCUAAAUUUGUUAAUGCUGCCAAACUAAAACCGGUGAUUUCAAGAACACCAAUGGGGCGACAUCAUGUUGACCUUGUGGAACUAACUGGAAUGCCUGCAGAAAAUGAUGGUGAAACAUUCAUUUACAUCUUGUCUGUUAUUGAUGUUUUCACAAGAUUCAUGUGGCUUCGGCCUCUUUCCAACAAAAGAGCCUGUUCAGUGGCAUUGGAACUCCACAAAAUCUACUUUGAGUAUGGAUGGGGAAAUCCAAGAAUCUUACAGUGCGAUCAAGGCUCCGAGUUUAAGGGAGCAGUCAACCAACUCUGCAUUGAAAUGGGAACGAAGAUUGUCCGAAGUCGGGCUCACAAUCCCCAAUCUCAGGGAAAGAGUAAACAAUCACACCGGGAUUGGAAAAGCCAUUUGGAAUUUUAUCACAGCAAACAUGGUGAUGGAGAAAGCUUCAACUUGGUGGAAAAGUUGCCAGCAUAUGCUAGAAUACACAAUGAAAGCAUUCAUUCUGCACUUGGUUGUUCACCAUACAAGGCCAUGCUGGGCUGCCCUCCAGUACACUUCAAGAAUGUGUUGAGAGCUGGGAGUACAGAUGAUGCAUACUCUUGCUCUGAAGAAGAUGAGCAGUGCGAACUAUCUGCAGAGAGUCAUGAGGAUACUGGAGACGAAUAUGGCUUUAAUGAGAGAAUAGAAGCAAUCACAGGAAACCUCAGGAAAAAUGUGCUGCAGGCGUCACUGACCAAAUCAUCAGAAAUGAUUCAAAAACACCACGAAAACAAGGACACAUCAGUGUACAAGAUAGGGGAUGAAGUUCUGGUGAGGGUUCAUGGAAAAGAUACCAGAGUCAACCAGAUGCUCUGCCAGAUGCAAGAGAAGAGGGUAGAAAGCCACUCAAAAGGGGAAAAACACAGGAUGAAAAAGGAAAGGGAGAACAACAGGCUCAAACCAAGAGGAGAGACAAUGCAGAAACAAAAGGCAGGACGCAAGAAGACGCCAACUAUGAAAGAACUGGAGAUGGAGGCCUCAUUCUAUGACCUUGACAUUGUGGACAAUGAAGGGGCUGGUAACUGCAUGUUUAUUGCAUUGGCUCAACAGCUUCAGAUACAUGACAUUGACAUAAUCAGCCAUAAACAUCUGCGAGAAAAGGUUGUGCAAUAUGUGCAGGGCAAGCGGUGUCUGUUCAAGGACUUCGUGGAUAAAAACCAUUAUCCAACAUUCAGAGACUAUAUCAUCAAGAUGAAGAUGUUGGGGGAAUGGGGAGACAACAUCAUUCUGCAGGCAACAGCUGACCUCUAUAAGAGAAAGAGACAGAAGCAGCUAAUGACACCAAAAUGGACACAGAAGAUGAAUCAGAUUCAGAUUCCAAGUAUGCAAUCAACACUGCUGUAUGGGAACACAAGUGAGGAACAACUUCAAAGGCAUGAUGAGUUUGUCAGCGGCUUCCCAACACCAGACCGAAGAGUCAAUUUUGCAGAGGGAUAUCUGUCUCAAUAUAUGCAGCAAAAAAUGCUUCAGUACUUGAUAUCAGCUUUGACAUUAACAAGACUGAAAGAUACACGGAGGAUAUACUCGGGGUGUAUGCGACUGUUCAAGUGCAAGGGUGAAAAGAAGCUGGAACUUUUAACGCAAAAGCACAUGAUAGCUGCCACAGAUUACCUGAUGUAUGUUGGGGUAAAGGAAGCUAUAAUUCAUAUUCUGAUGGAUGUGCUGAAUAAACCCUAUGAAGAAGUCAACUAGGAAUGUAAAUCAACAGAAUUUGAUGCCAGUCAAGUUCCAGGGAGGGGUGUCCACAUCACUGUGGAUGAAGAAUAAUGAUGGCUUGGUUCACACAGGGAGGAUUAAAAUGCCUCUGUUAUACAGGAUGACUGACUUGCUGGAUGAGUUGUGAUGAUUGUGCUUGCACACUGAUGUCAACACCCACAUAUAUUAUCUUUACAAGAAAAGUAAUUUGAUGUACAUGAACCACAGUGACAUGUCAUUUUGUAACAUUAGUAUUUCUUUGUAUGACAAUGUGUGAAUUUAUUAGGGCUGCAACGGGUAACUCGGGUACCUGGGUCGGGUGGGUACUGAGUAGGACCCGGGUACCCACAGGACUGCCUGGACCCAUGGUUAGUCAUGUGAUAUAUUGUUUAAUGACAAAAAUUAUCUCGAACUCUAUGCUUACACUAAAAGUCACUCAUGUUCGCAUUUCUUUCUGACUAUGCACCCAUUCCUUCUGACUUAGGCUCUUCUUUUGGCCACUGAAAGUAAAUCCCAUUUCUAACUUGAGAGCAGAAUAUGAAUGCUAUGGGUCAAUAUUUCUAAUUUUAAGAGAUUUCUGACUAUAUUAUUACUCAUGUCCCCUCGACCAGAAAUGGGAUAACGCCUAUA